AUGUUUUUAUGGGCUAAAGAUGUUUCAAGUGAUUCUCAAAAUGAAAAAAAUGUAUCUGAAAUACUUCCAUGGAUCUCUACUUCUAUUAUUGUUGCAACAGUUACAUUAACAGGUGCUAUAUUGAUUAUUCGUUCGUUUUAUUCCCGGUAUUUGCUGCGAUACCCGACAGCAGAGAGUCUUCCUGCGUCUAUGUUGAAUGGUAAACGUGUAUUAUCAGGUUUUGUUACAUCUGUGGGUGAUGCAGAUAAUUUUCGGUUUUAUCAUACACCAGGUGGGUUUUGUGCAGGAUGGUAUUGGUUACGACGUGUUCCUACAGUAAAAAAAGAGCUUAAGGAUCAAACAAUUCAUAUUCGGCUAGCAGGUGUUGAUGCGCCUGAGCUGAGUCAUUUUGGCAAAAAAGCACAGCCAUUUGGAAAAGAAGCAAUGGAUUGGCUUACAACAUAUAUUCUUCAUAAGCGUGUACGAGUACGGUUGUUUAGUAGAGACCGGUAUGAGCGUAUUGUUGCAGCAACAGAAAUACGCCGUUGGCCUUUUAUUUGGAUUAGAAAAGAUGUAGGACUUGAAAUGUUAAAAAGAGGAUUGGCAGAAGUAUAUACAUCACAAGGAGCGGAAUAUGGUGGAAAAAAGAGGGAAAUGAAAUAUCAUCAUGAAGAAGAAAAGGCGAAAAAAAAUAAGGUUGGAAUGUGGAAGCAAAGUUCGAGAUUAUACGAAUCACCAGAAGAAUAUAAACGCCGUAUGCAUGCAUUAGCACCUAGUUUUCAUAAAUAA